AUGUCAUGCACCAAUUUCAGUCGAAUUGGCUCAUUGAGCAGUUUGGCCGUAUCGCACCGUUUACUGUCCCAAAUCGGUUAUAACGUGCGAGAUCCAAUAUAUUUGUCCGAACAACGCGUGCUUCAAGUGUUCAUCAGAGGUAAACCCGUCUCGUUGACAGUACCAAAUUCGGUCGGUAGUGUUAAUCCGUUACGAGAAAUUGAUGCACCUAAAGAAGCUCCACAACUGGAUUGGGUCAACGGGUACCGUGGAAGGGACUCGAGGUCUAAUUUGCAUCAAUUGCCGACUGGUGAACUGAUAUACUUCACAGGUGCGGUUGUUGUCCUGCAUAAUCCUGAUGAUCAGUCGCAACGACACUAUCUGCAGCAUACUAGUGAGGUGAAAUGUAUUGCGAUUCAUCCCAAUAAGUUGUACGUUGCCACCGGUCAAACAUCGAGGCAUUCGCCCGAAAAGAAGAUUCUUAACGAACAUCGUUCACCAAUCUGCUCUCCAGACGAGUUGACCAACGUUUUAGGCGCCGAGCAAACUCAGGCGCAUAUUCGAAUUUGGGACUCAAUAACGUUGCAUACGUUACGUGUGCUUGGUACCAAUGAUGCAUCAUUUGAAAAGGGUAUUUCAUGCGUAUCGUUCAGUCGUUUCGACGGUGGCACGUUGUUGGCUGCUGUGGACGAUUCUUAUGAGCAUACUUUGAGUGUAUGGGAAUGGCACAAAAGUAAACGCUUAACUGAAACGAAGAGUGCUAAUGAUCAAGUGUUCGCUUGCGAAUUUCAUCCACAACUAAAAAAUUUGAUCAUUGCGGCCGGCAAAGGGCAUUUCAACUUCUGGUUCUUUGAUGGUAGCACACUCAGCAAGAAACCAGCCCUUUUCGAUGGUCGCGACAAACCCAAACAUGUACUGUCGAUUUGUUUUGCUGAUAACGGCUAUGUGAUAUCGGGCGAUUCGAACGGAACAAUUGCGGCUUGGGAUCCGAAGAUUGUUAAAGUUGUUAACCAAGCGUUCAGGGUGCAUGAAGGAGGCGUUUGGGCGUUGUGCUUGCUGAAUAACGGUCAUAUUGUAUCGGGUGGAAAGGAUGGAAUUCUUGCCGAAUGGAGUGUUCCUGAUCUCAUUAAAAUGCAUUCCUAUUCUUCCUUGCCCGACGAUGCUGGUAUUAUUCGUACAAUAGCUCCUGCGGCUGGAUCAGCGCUUUUAGUUGGCACAACACGAAAUGCGAUACUGCGUGGUAAUAUGAACACUGGAUUUGAGUAUAUCCUCCAGGGUCAUGCCGAAGAGCUUUGGGCGUUGUGUGCACAUCCGUUAUUGGCGCAGUUCCUGACUGGUUCAAUCGAUGGAACGUUGAGGCUAUGGGAUUCAUUAUCCAAAUCAAUCGUUUGGUCAAUGCAAGUUCAGGAUGGUAUUUCGUGCGUUGAUUUUCAUCCGUCUGGGAAUUGUUUUGCAGUUGGUACACCGAUUGGCUCGUGGAUCGUUUAUGAUACAACAAAUCGAGAAGCCUUGAACACAAUAGCCGAGCCGUCGAAAGCCAUAUCAACUCUCCGCUUUUCGCCCGAUGGUAAAUCCAUUGCCGUCGCAACAAAGGAAUCUCAUUUCUACCUCUACGCUAUAUCCGAAAAUUUUGAAUAUUACAUUAAAAGUGCGGAGUUCUCGGGUUUUACACCCUAUAUCACAACAAUGGAUUGGUCUACGGAUAGCGUCUUGAUACGAACAAACACAAGCGAAUUCGAGCAACAUAUCUGGAAUACGACAACAGGUGCUUUGGCUGAGACGAGUUUGAUACGUGCCGCGGAAUGGUCUACGUCCAGAUGCAUGGUGUCGUUCGAGAACGGUUGCAUCACGCAAACUCUGCCUGGUAUUAUGGCCAUUGAACGCUCACCAGAUUCUGCUUCUGUGGCCGUUGCCAUAGAUAAUGGUGCUAUUCGUUUCUAUCAGUACCCAACCACCACUGUGACAGCAAUGUAUGGUGAGAUUUUCGGUCACAGUCCAUUUAUCGCAAAUAUCGCCUUCCUACCGUCUCGUCUGAUCAGCAUCGGCGCCAAAGAUUCAGCCAUAUUUCACUGGCGAUUAUAA